CUUGGAUAAACGGUUGGACGAAAACCCUAGCAGACGAAGCCUGUCGGAACGCAAUGAAUAACAAUCCAAUGUUGAUCAAAUGCAAGGAUCUCGUACCAGUGAUGAACGAUGCUACAGCCGAAGGAAUAGACGAGUGUACUAAUGAUAUCAAGAUAUCUGGACACGCUGAAUUUAUGGGGAACACAUUAAAAGCCUUACAAGAAAAUUGUCUUGUUGAAGCUGAACGUUUUGAGAAUUUAACAACACAAGGAUCAAGCAGUAACGGUACAACGUUGAUGGACGAGUUACUGGAACUGAAUUGUCCAAAUAACUGUUCAGGGAACGGAACCUGUGUCAGUGGAUCUUGCGCUUGUCACGUCGGUUUCUCAGGAGAAAGCUGUGCCCUGAAAAGUGAUUCUGUACCUGUCAUGAUUAGUGGACAAACUACCUGUUUAGUCGACAAAAAAUCCUGCAACAAGUUCGUGGUUUCUGGAAAUAACUUUCUGAAUAUCAACUUAACCUGCCAAGCUCGACUACUUAAGAUUUAUAGUGACGGAUGGGAAGUUACCGGAUCAGCAUUUAUAUUUCCUGCGAGGUAUUUGAAUGACUUUAACUGUGCGUGUAUCAUUCCGGACUCCGUCCGCAGACGGCGAGCUGCUAAUAGCGAUCAAAUUUUCGCUGAAGGAUACCUUCUGAGCAUCUCGAAUGAUGGCAUCAACUUCAGCAACGAGACAACUAUUGUAAUUUAUGACUCGACUUGUUACGAUUGUGACCCAACGAAUCUGAACUGCACACAAUAUGAAUCUUGUGAUUGGACACCUGUGGCCACAACCCAAUCUACCAUACCCAAAGAGGAAGAUCUGACGCUGUUUAAAAUUAUUGGAGGUGUUGUUGGAGGUGUUGGAUGUAUUCUGAUCGCCGUUUUAAUAAUCUGUCUCUGUUAUAAGUCGCAUACGACCAGCAAGACGGACGUAGAUACUCACUCGACGUAUUUCACUUCAGUUAAAUAUCUUCAAGAGUACGACUAUGGCGACAUGGACAUAUGCAGUCCGAGAGUUUGUAUCCAGAAAGGAAGUGUGCCUACAUUUACCGGGCAUGCGUAACAUUGACCAGUGCUGUUACCCCCGUCAUUCUGUACAUGCUUCUGAUUCUGUUCAGACCAGUGCAUUCUUACAAGAUUCCCUUUAUCGAUGUGUUAAUCGGGUACUUAAACCUAUUAUCAUUGAGACCGUGUGGUGUGAAUAAGUAUAUUAAAUUGCUUAAGUCAGCACAUUAUUUUCUUAAAUGACAAUUUAUGUAAUAAUAUAGACAUAAAACAAUAUCAAACACUUAACAUAAAACUCAUCAAUAUUGUCACGUACAAAAAAGGCAGACGUUUGUUAACACUGUUAACAAAAAAGAGAACGUUAUAUUCGGUAGGACCUAAUAUCCGGACAUUAUGUAAAUUCGGCCAUCAUCACGUCUUAUACCUGGACAUGUAGGUAUAUGUUCACGUGCUAUAAUGGAUAUACUGUAAAUAGACAGAUCAUCAUGUUUUAUUUGGAUAUACUAAUAAUUGAUGGAUUCACAGGUGUUAUAUCUCGAUGUAAUGGAAAUAUGCAUAUUAUCAUUUGUUUCAUAAUAUACCUAAAAUUGAUAGAUUCACACGUGUUUUUUUCUCGAUAUAGUGAAAAUAUGCAUCUUAUGUUUUAUUUGGGUAUACUAAAAUUGAUAGAUUCUUAUCUCGA